CCCAAGAAGAUUAGUGCUAUUCAGUACAGCGUCUUCAGUGGACGUGAUAUGAACCGGGAGUCCGUGGUAGAAGUGUGUGCAACAGAUAUAUUUUGCCAACAGAGCCGCGAUCCAAUGCCAAACGGUGUGCUGGAUCGACGUCUCGGCGUCUCCUCAAAAUCCGAGAUUUGCCAGACUUGUGGGAAGAAUAUCGCUACUUGUCCUGGACACUUCGGAACCAUUCACUUAGUAAUGCCAGUGUUUCACAUUGGUUACAUCAACAUGAUCAUUGGUAUUUUGCGUUCGAUCUGCAAGAAAUGCGGUCGUUGCCUGCUGAGCUACGAAGAUCGCGAACAUUACCUCCGCAAGUUCCUCAAUCCGUACACGGACGUUCUGCACAAGCGUCAAUACAACAAACAAGUCAUCGAUCUGUGUCGAAAGGUCUACGAAUGCCCCUACUGCCACGCGGUGAACGGCGAAGUGAAGAAAAUCCCGGGCACGGCUUCGAUCCGCAUCGAGCACAUCCUGCCUCCGAACAAGCUGACGGAAGAGGAGCAGCGCGCGAUCCACGACUCCUUCGCCUCGGCGUGCAAAUACAACGCCGAUCUCCACUCCUACAUCGACCGCGCCCACGAAGACCUCACCGCGCAAGUCGUGCUGGAUCUCUUCAAGCUGAUCCCCUCUGAGGACCUGCCGCUGCUCUGGAUCAACGAGCUCUCCGGCCGGCCCGAGAACCUCCUUCUCACCGACAUCAUCGUCCCGCCGGUCACGAUCCGUCCCUCCGUCGUGAUGGAGAGCACCAACGGGAGCAACGAGGACGACAUCACGAUGAUUCUGCAGGACAUCACGCGCACCAACUCCCAGCUGCAGCAGUCCAUCAACAACGGCGCCAGCAUGCGCAUCAUCAUGGACAACUGGGACCAUCUCCAGAUCCUCUGCGCCGAGCUCAUCAACGGCGACCUCCCGGGCAUCUCCACGCUCGUCAAGUCCGCCGUGCCCAAGCGCUCGCUCGUCCAGCGCCUCAAGGGCAAGCAGGGCCGCUUCCGCGGCAAUCUCUCGGGAAAGAGAGUGGAGUUCUCGGGGCGCACGGUGAUCUCUCCGGACCCGAAUCUGUCGAUCGAGGAGGUCGGCGUCCCGAUCUUUGUGGCGAUGAAGCUCACCUACCCCGAGCGCGUGACGGCGUUCAACAUCGAGAGACUGCGCGGAAUGGUGCGGAACGGCGCGAGCCGCUACCCGGGAGCGAACAUGAUCCGACCGGGCAACAGCCGAGCGAUCUCGCUGAUGUACGGCGAUCGCGAGCGAGCGGCGCAGAAUCUGCAGAUCGGAGACAUCGUCGAGAGACACUUGAUCGAUGGCGAUGUUUCGCUGUUCAAUCGGCAGCCGUCGCUGCACCGCAUGUCCAUCAUGUCGCACCGCGUGAAGGUGCUUCCGUGGAAGACCUUCCGCUUCAACGAGUGCGACUGCUCUCCGUACAACGCGGAUUUCGACGGGGACGAGAUGAACAUCCACAUCCCCCAGACCGAAGAGGCGCGGAUUGAAGCGCGCGAAUUGAUGGGCAUCAAGCACAACAUCGUGAAUCCGCGCUCCGGCGAGCCGCUCAUCACCGCCACGCAGGACUUCAUCACGGGAGCCUUCGUCCUCACGCAGCGCGACGUGUUUUUGUCCCGCCUGGACUUCUGCAGACUGGUCGCGUUUCUCUCCGACGCGCAGGAAACCCCGGCCAUGCUGUGGACGGGCAAGCAGGUCUUCUCGAUGCUGCUGAAGCCCAACCCGCAGGAGGGCGUGGUUCUGUCGCUGGAGAUGAAGGCGAAGAACUUCCAGAUGUCCAAAGUCGACUCGAACUUGUGGAUGUGUCCGCAGGACGGGUACGUCGUGAUCCAAAACAGCGAGCUGCUCUGCGGAAACAUCGAUAAGAACUGCGUAGGAGGGAACAAGAAGGGCCUCGUGUGCGUGCUGAUCCGCGACUUCACGCCGGAAGACACGGUGAAAGCGCUGGGACGGCUCACGAAGCUGACGUCGCGGUUUUUGAUGGAUUACGGGUUCACGAUCGGUCUGGACGACGUGUCUCCCGACGAGCGUCUGCUGCAGCAGAUGCACGAGAUCGUGGCGAAGAACUACGCGAAGGUGGACGAGACGAUCCACCAGUACAACAGCGGGAAGCUCGCGCUGCGACCCGGAUGCAACGCGGAGCAGACGCUGGAGAGCAUCUGCUCGGGUUUGCUAUCAGACAUUCGCGACACGAUCGGCAAGAUGUGCAUGACCAACCUCCCCAAGACCAACUACCCGCUCAUCAUGGCCACGUGCGGAUCCAAGGGCUCCGCCAUCAACAUCUGCCAGAUGAUUUACUGCGUCGGACAGCAGGUCGUGUCCGGAAACCGCAUCCCCGAUGGGUUCAUUCAGCGGUCGCUGCCGCACUUCCUGCCCAACGCGAAGGAGCCCAACGCGAAGGGCUUCGUCGCCAACAGCUUCUACUCCGGACUCACCCCCAUGGAGUUCUUCUUCCACACCAUGGGCGGCCGCGAGGGACUCGUCGAUUCCGCCGUGAAAACCGCGGAUACCGGGUAUAUGCAGCGUCGUCUGAUGAAGGCGCUGGAGGAUUUGUGCAUCAGCUACGACAACACAGUGCGAACCGCGGAUAACGAGAUCGUCCAGCUGGUCUACGGAGACGACAGUCUCAACGCGAGCUUCAUGGAGGCGAAUAACGGUCCGGUGGACUUCGAGCGCACGUGGUCCGUCGUGCAGCUUCUCUACCCCCACGCGCAGCACGUGCAGAAUUCGGUGAAGAAUUCGGUGCAGAAUUCUGAAACGAACUCAUCGAAUUCUGAAACGAGUCCAUCAAAUUCUGAAACGAACUCGUCGAAUUCUUCGUCGAAUUCUUCGUCGAAUUCCGCGUCGAACGACGAGGAUUCGGUGCUGCUGCCGUGCGACAUUCUGGAAGUGGCCGAGACCCUGCUGAACCACCCGCGGUUUUUAUCGAUGUGCGGCGGCAGCGUGCACGGGCAGAAGUUCCUCGACGAGAUCGCGCAGUUCUGCCGCACCAUCGCGGCGCGCGCGUCGCUGGAGCGCGUGCUGCUGGGUCUGGACGAUGGGUACCACUACCUGGGCAACGCCCCGUCGGCUCGGCGGUUCCCGAUCGACCGCGCGCCGCUGUCCAUGCGGCGGUCGAAGCAGCUGGCGUUCUGCCACGUGACGCGGCGGCAGCUGUCGCACUUCUUCGACGUGGUGUACGCGAAGUACCGCCGGUCGAUCGUGGAGCCCGGCGAGGCGGUAGGCGCGAUCUCCGGACAGUCUUUCGGCGAGCCGGCGACGCAGAUGACGCUGAAGACGUUCCACUUCGCGGGCGUGGCGUCGAUGGACAUCACGCAGGGAGUGCCGCGUAUCAAAGAGAUCAUCAACGCGGUGCCGUCGAUCUCCACGCCCAUCAUCACCGUGGAGCUGCUGAACAACCAGGACGAGAUCAGCGCGCGCGUCUGCAAGGGCCGCUUGGAGCGCACGCUGCUCGGCGAGGUCGCCGCGUUCAUCAAGGAGGUCUACACGCCCGAGAUGUGCUUCCUCGACGUCCAGCUCGACAUGGAGGCCAUCCACAAGCUCUAUCUUCCCAUCACGCCCGACUCCGUCCGCAGAGCCAUCAUUCAGAGCAAACUCAAGCUCAAACUCAAAGACGAGCACGUGACCAUCAGCGGAAAAUCAGGACUCCGCAUUAUCCCGCCGCCCCCCGUGAUUACCGCCGCCAAACGUUUCGACCCUGCCUCUCUUUCACUCGCAGCCAACCGGAACCGCGGGGACGACCAGUAUUUCACGCUGCAGCGGCUGAAGGAGAUGCUUCCCGCGGUUAUCGUGAACGGAAUUCCGACGGUGCAUCGCGCGGUGCUGAACAAGGUGGAGAAGCCGACGGCGCACAUGAAUUUGCUGAUCGACGGCACGGGAUUGCUGCAAGUGAUGGGGACUGUGGGAGUGGACCACACGAAGACGGUGACGAAUCAUGUACUCGAGAUUAACAGCGUGCUGGGAAUCGAGGCGGCGCGCACGGUACUGAUUCAGGAAGUGUCGAACACAUAUGGGUCGUACGGAUUGUCGAUCGACAUUCGCCAUCAGAUGCUGCUGGCGGAUUGCAUGACGUUUAAAGGACAAGUGCUGGGAAUGACGCGGUUCGGAAUCGAGAAGAUGAAGGAGUCGGUGAUGACGCUGGCGUCUUUCGAGAAAACGGCGGAUCAUUUGUUUGACGCUGCGUUGCACGGACGCAGAGAUAAUAUUAUCGGCGUGAGCGAUCGCGUGAUUAUGGGAAUUCCGAUUCUCGUGGGCACUGGCGUCUUUUCGAUCAUCUACAAACCUACAAACUAUGGAGUGGUGCCUCCGAUGAAAAAAACGUAUCUUUGCGCUGUUUGUUCCAAACUUUUUCUCAUGCUCUCCUCUACCGGAAGACUUCUCUCCCGCGUGUCCCAAGUCCUGGCUCCCGCCUUCACUCGCUCCGUUUCGGUGUCGUUUCGGAUUAAGUCCUUCGUCGAUGAAUUCACUACCGAAGAGGUGGAUGUAGAAGCGGAGGAAGGACGUACCAUCCUUGAUGUGGCUCAGGAGUACGGCGCAAGCAUUAACUCCUUCUGUGGCGGCAAUUGUCAUUGUGGAGGGUGCCAUAUCAAGCUCGCGCAGGCAGUAUCGGACUUACUGCCGAGACCUAGUGAGAAGGAGGCCGAAGUACUGAAGAAAUGCGUCGACGUGGAUGAAAGCUCUCGCCUCGCUUGCCAGACGAAGGUGAACAAAUGUAUGGAAGGAAGGGUGAUCAUUGUUCCUUUGGCCAUUUGA